GGGGUCCACCUAUCUAUCUAUUCUUUUAUCCCUUCCUCUUCUUCUCUUUUUAGUUCCUCCUUGGCAACACUAUGCACCUGAUGUUAAAAUUAGCACCUGAUGAUGGUAAAAUUACAUGGAAAAAGCUUCGACCGAUCCCCAUUAGUUUUGUAGCUACGUACAUAGGUCAGUUUUGAUCCAUCGGCGUCGUCUUCUUCUUCAUCGGGUAGCAUGUGAGUAAGAAUGCUGGCGUGCGAGGAAGAAUUUGUCGACCUGCGCGCACGUUGCGAUUGCGAUCAUGGAGAAGAACGACGGCGGCGGCGGCGGCGGCGCGCGUGGGCGGGCGACGGCGAUGGUGGACGGCGGCGGGCGGGAGAUGGACUCGCCGCGGUUCCGCGCGAUCCUGCGCGCCACCAGCGGGCGCCGGAAGCGCGCGCCCGACGUGAAGAGCUUCUCGCACGAGCUGAGCGCGUGGGGCGGCUGCGGUGGUUGCGGCGUGCCGGCGAUGCGCAAGAUGGUGCGCGGCGGCGGGCUCGGCAGCACCGCCCCGGAGGAGUUCAUCGGCGCCAUCCGGACCAAGUUCAUCCGCCUCAAGGAGGAGGUGGACAGCGAGCUGGGCAUCUUCGCGGGGGACCUCGUCGACGUGCUGGCGCGGGCGCGCGAGGGCGAGGCCGAGGCCGAGGCCGACGGCGAGGACCACCACCCGGACGACUGGCGCGUCGCGCUGGAGGACCUGCUGGUGGUGGCGCAGCGGUGCGCGGAGAUGAGCCCCGAGGAGCUGUGGACCCGCUGCGAGGGCGUGGUGCAGGGCCUCGACGACCGCCGGCAGGAGCUCCCCGCGGGUCUCCCCAAGCAGGCGCACACGCGGAUCCUCUUCAUCCUCACGCGCUGCACCCGCCUGCUGCAGUUCCGCAAGGGCGCCGCCGUGGGCGGGUGCCGCUACGCCGACGUCGUCGACGACGACGACAGGCGGAACGUGCUCGGCCUGCACCAGCUCAGCGACCUCGGUCUCUACCCGAUCCACGUCGACGGCGGGGACCUCGGCCGCAAGAGCACAUCCAGCCUCACCGAGCUCAAGGAGCGGCUCAUCAGGCGGCGGAUGCUGGAGCACAAGCAGCUCACCGUCGACUUCUCCCCGGCGAGGAUCUUCUCGCCGUCCUCCGGGGACGGAUCGGCCGCGGCUGACGGCCACUCCCCCAGCGGCAAGAUGGCGUCGUGGAAGAAGCUCCCUUCCCCCGCCGAGAAGAACAAGAUCAGCAGCACCGGAGCGGGUGACGCCGGGGGUGCCGCCACGGCCGCUAAGACUGCUGCCGCCGGCGUGGGCGACGAUAGCCUGGCGAAGAAGAAGCCCAUCACCCGGCACGGCAAGACUACGGUGGACGAGAUCGUGGAGCGCGUGGACGCGGCGAGCAUCCACAUCCACCCGGACGGGCUGGCGUGCCUGGGCGGCGACGCGGCCGUGAACCUGGCAGAGAUCCCGUCCCGGUACCCGGAGGCGCAGCAGAUCAUCGUGGACGGCAAGCCCCGGAUGAUCUGCCGCAUCUGCGACUUCGAGAUCCCCAUGGCGUGCGCCGAGGGCCACUUCGUGGUGUGCACGCUCGCCGACCGUUGCGACGCCAAGGGCCACAGCGCGGACCAGCGCCUGCUACGCGUCGCCGAGGUGCUCGACCGCGUGCUCGCCUGCUUCGACACCCGCGGCGGCGGCGGCGGCGGCUCCCUCGGUGUUGGCGGCGGCAGGGCGAGCACGUCGUCCGAGUCAGACUCCAACAACGCCGCCGACCACGACGCGCUGUCCCAGCUGCUGACCGUGCCGUCGUCGGAGCUCUUCUCGGAGGGCGCGCUGACGCCGGCGUCGGGGAGCCUGCCGCAGUCGCCGCUGCUGACGCCGCGGACGAGCCACGCCGAGUCGCAGCUGACCAAGCACAAGGCGUUCGCGGAGCUGGAGAACUUCCAGCAGAUCGAUAGCCUGCUCGCCAUUGCGCGCGGCAUCGAGGGCAUCAAGAGCUCCGAGUACAACUCGCUGGAGGACCUCAGCUCCUACCUGGAGGACCUCAACGCCGUGAUCGACACGCGCAAGGUGGACGCCCUCGUCGUCGAGACGUUCGGGCGGAGGAUCGCCAAGCUGCUGCAGGAGAAGUUCAUGCAGCUGUGCGGGCAGAUCGACGACAUGGGUGGCGCGGCGGCGGACCACCACCAGCAGCUGCACCUGCACCUGCACCCGAUAGACGAGGAGGGCCCGAUGAUGGAGAGCGGUGGCGGCGUGACGAUGAUGAGCUCCCGGACGACGACGACGACGCUGAACGGCAACAACGCCAACAGGUUCAAGGACCGGACCUCCAUCGAGGACUUCGAGAUCAUCAAGCCCAUCAGCCGCGGCGCCUUCGGCCGCGUGUUCCUGGCCAAGAAGAGGGUCACCGGCGACCUCUUCGCCAUCAAGGUGCUCCGGAAGGCGGACAUGAUCCGGAAGAACGCCGUGGAGAGCAUCCUGGCGGAGCGCGACAUCCUCAUCUCCGCGCGCAACCCCUUCGUGGUCCGCUUCUUCUACUCCUUCACGUGCAGGGAGAACCUGUACCUUGUCAUGGAGUACCUCAAUGGCGGAGACCUCUACUCCCUGCUCAGGAAUCUCGGCUGCCUCGACGAGGACAUGGCCAGGACAUACAUCGCUGAGCUCGUUCUUGCGUUGGAGUACCUGCAUUCCAUGAACGUGAUCCACCGUGACCUCAAGCCUGACAACCUGUUGCUCUCUCGCGACGGCCACAUCAAGCUGACGGAUUUCGGGCUCUCCAAAGUGGGGCUCAUCAACAGCACGGACGACCUGUCAGGCCCGGACGUCAGCAGCGUCCUCGUCGGCGACCACCAGCCGACGGACGCGGAGCACCGGGAGCAGAAGCGGCAGCAGCGGCAGAAGCAGACGGCGGUGGGCACGCCGGACUACCUGGCGCCGGAGAUACUGCUCGGCAUGACCCACGGCCCAACUGCAGAUUGGUGGUCGGUUGGCGUCAUCCUGUUCGAGCUGCUCGUGGGGAUUCCUCCCUUCAAUGCUGAGCACCCACAGAUAAUAUUCGACAACAUAAUGAAUCGAGAAAUACCUUGGCCACAAGUACCAGAGGAGAUGAGUUUUGAAGCAUAUGAUUUGAUUGACAAGCUGCUGAUGGAAAACCCGGUGCAAAGAUUAGGUGCGACCGGUGCUGGAGAGGUAAAGGCUCAUCCGUUCUUCAAGGGCAUCAACUGGGACAUGAUUGCCAGACAAAAGGUUGCAUUUAUCCCUUCUACAGAUGAUGAGUACGACACGAGCUACUUCGCCUGCCGCCAUGCCUGGGGCAGCGCCGACGAGCAAGUCAAUGCGCCUGGCAACUAUUACGACGACCGGAGCGAGACUAGCAGCAUGAGCUGCGGCAGCAGUCCACAUAGUGACUACGAGGAAGAUCAGGGUGAUGAGUGUGGCAGCAUGGAAGAAUUCGGCGCGCCUUUGUCGGUGAAAUACUCUUUCAGCAACUUCUCAUUCAAGAACAUCUCUCAGCUAGCAUCCAUGAACUACGACCUGAUGACGAAGCACAACUUGGAUCCUUUGCAGUCCUCGAAAUCUUGAAAGCAGAGCAGCAAAGAUAGCUUUUGUUAGUCAGGAACUGAACCUCACCAGUCACCACACCAGCAGGCUUUGACCGAAGAUGAUUGUGUGUGGCAAUGAACCUGCAGUUUCAUCUGGAACAAACAUGUUGCCCAGUCAGUGAGCAGAUUAAAAAGCCAGUUUUUCUUUGUGCAGUCAAAGUCAAACGCACCCCGAAUCCGAAUCACAGUUAGUGGUGAGAUGAGGAUACUCUGUAGGGAAGCAUCUGAACAUGAAGGAUAGGGCAAAGCAAAUUUGCUAGUAAUAUGCAAUUCAUAGCUUGCACUGAGACCAUGCAAUAUCAGAAGAUAGGAUGGUAUCCACCGUUGUAAUUUCUGACAACUGGCUGCAGAUACAUAGUGAAUAUAUAGAAAGAUGGCGCAAUAGAUAGCACUGUAAAUCUCUCUCCUAUUUUUUUGUAAAAGAAUAUUUCUGAAACCUGUAAGUGUGCUGAAUUGCAACUAUCGGUGCCUUUUACAGUGUUUGCAUCAACAGAAACAACAGCAGUACUCCUACUAUGCAA